GCUCAGGCCUUCCCCAGCUCGGCGGGUGUGCUGCCUCCGCGGGCCGGAGACCUUCCCUCCCCGGCCUAGGGCUGAGGGUCACCGGGAGCUGUUUGUGUGGUUACACCCCGGCCUCAAGAAAGGCUCCCGUUGCUUGCGCCGGGCGGAGGAGGAUUAUCCAGAAUGUUUGCAUUGACAGAAAAGAACAGAUCCGUUGCUCAGCUAUUACUGAAUACUGGCACUUGCCCGCGAUGUGUUUUCAGAUUCUGCUGUGUGGGGUUACAGGCAUCUUACAGGCAUCCAUACAAGGAUUUGCUUAGAGAGCUGCAUGAAUUCCUGGAGUACAAUAAAGAAAAAGAGGACAAAUUUUGUUGUGAAAUAGCUGACCCCCCGUGUAAGAGAAUCAGACUUGAGAACAUGGGAGAAGGGGCUGAGGAUUUGAAUGAAAAUGGGGCCCUCCAGCAGACCCCUGUGGCAGAUGAUGUAAAUCUUGCUAUGGAGAACUCUACUCCGAAGGUUUGCAACGUGUGCUUGGGAAUUCUUCAGGAGUUCUGUGAGAUAGAUUUUGUUCAGAAGGUGUGCCAAAAGGUUAAUUCUGCUGAGUACCAGUUUACUAGCUUUGUAUUUUCUGUGUCGCUCCCACCACAGUUGUCCGUUAGAGAGCAUGCUGCCUGGCUGCUGGUAAAAGAGGAAAUGGGAAAACAGGGCCUAUCACUGGCAAAAGAGGACGUUGUUCAGCUGAAAGAAACAUACAAAUGGAUUAUUCAUCCCCUGUUCUCGGAGGAGCUGGGUGUUCCUGCUGAUGGAAAGAGCUUGUUCGAAGUGAGUGUGGUGUUUGCUCACCCGGAAACUGAUGAGGAUUGCCAUUUCCUAGCCACAGUAUGUCCAGACUGUUUCAAGCCAGCAAAGAAUAAACAGUCUGUUUUCACAAGAAUGGCAAUUAUAAAGGCUUUGGACAAGAUAAAAGAAGAGGAUUUCCGUAAGCAUUUUCCAUGUCCCCCAAGUUCACCAAAGAAUAUCUGUGCGGCUCUAGAAAUACAGUGCACUAAUGGUGCAAUUUUUGUGGCUGGAAGGUACAACAAAUAUUCAAGGAAUUUACCACAAACUCCCUGGAUUAUAGAUGGAGAGCGAAAGCUGGAGUCUUCAGUGGAAGAGCUGAUUUCAGAGCACCUAAUGACAGCGUUUAAAGCAGAUAGUUUUAAUUUUUCAUCCUCGGGAAGAGAAGAUGUGGAUGUGAGAACGCUAGGCAGAGGAAGGCCCUUUGCAAUUGAGCUUGUGAAUCCUCAUAGAAUACAUUUUACUGCCAUGGAAAUGAAGGAACUUCAGCAGAAAAUUAAUAACUCUUCAGACAAAAUAAAAGUUCGAGAUUUACAGCUUGUCACCAGAGAGGCAAUUGGACAUAUGAAAGAAGGUGAGGAGGAAAAGACAAAGACCUACAGUGCCUUAAUAUGGACAGACAAAGCAAUACAGAAGGAAGAUAUUGCACUUCUAGAUGAUAUGAAGGAAUUAAAGAUUGAUCAAAAAACACCUCUGCGGGUUCUUCACAGAAGGCCCUUAGCUGUAAGAUCUCGCGUCAUUCACACUAUGAAAUCCGAGUACAUAGAUGACCAUCACUUUCGCCUGCAUCUGAAAACUCAGGCAGGGACUUACAUUAAAGAGUUUGUACAUGGAGAUUUUGGAAGAACAAAACCCAAUAUUGGCUUCCUUCUUAAAAGAACUGCUGACAUUCUGGAGCUGGAUGUAGAGUCUGUUGAUGUUGAUUGGCCUCCAACCCUGAAUGAUUAGAGUCUUUCAAGCUCGGAAGAGGAAGAGUGACUUGACUCUCUUAUCAGGAGCUGACAACAAAUUGAACUGUGCACUGUAUGAUAACUUGUUUAUCCCUUAUAUUUCUGUUGAACAUUUGGAUCACGUUGAUCUGUUAGGUUUUUUUAAUUGGCUUAAAAACUCAGGAUCAGUUGAUGCUUGUUCAAUUAAUUUGCAGCCUUAUUGUAAAUAAAUUACUGUCCCAUGUAAAGGGGUCUCUGACAGGCAGAUGUAUUAAUAGCAGUAAAUGAUUUCUUUUAAAAAAAAAUUAUUGAGAGAUGUCCAAACCCUGAUCUUUGCGAGAUAUACCAAAUAUGCUUUCCUGAAUACUGUUUGAAACCCUUUGAUUGAAAAGAGAAGUUCCCCUCCCUCAAACCACACAUACCAUAUAUCAUCUAAUUUUGUUCCCAACCAUAAAAAAAAAAAAUGUAGACACAUGUUUGUAUAGAUACCAUAAGCAUAAUCUUCUUAUCUAGAUGUUUGUACCACUUCCCAGAUCAGCAGUCUCAAAGCCUGAUCCUUAAUACGCCAAAGACUAUUCAUGUAAAUGAGAAUUGUCAGGAUCAGACCAUAAGAAAUCAAUUGUAUAUUGUUAAUAUGGAAUUCUGAAAUCAAUGAGACUACUCCUGGAGUGAGGUACUGCUCAACAUCAGUAGGGGCAGCAGAAUCUGGCCUACAAUAUUUUCCCCAUAUAUGUACUAGUGCUGGUUAGAUUUUGACUAUUGCAGGGGGCGGCUGAAAACUUUAUACUCAAAAAUUCAGUUCAGAAAUUCAGGAGGUACCUCAUACUCCUAUUAUCUUCUGUAGGCCAGGGUCCCUGACCAGCCUACGUGUUCCAUGUCUCCCCUCUUGCUGAGCCCCUGUGUGCAGCAUGAGAGAUAUAGGCUGGCUUGGGAAGCCACAACAUGAAGGAGCGUGGGGACAUGAGGUGCCUGAACUACAACUCUUUGAUGUACCAUAGUGGAAUUAGUGAACAGAAGUAUUUGGGGUUUUGGCUGACACUCAAACAUGUUGGGGGUUUUGUUGAAAAUUCCAACAGAAAGUAGCCAAUUUUUUGGAAAAAUUUCAUAUAGUUGAAAACUCAAUUUUCCAUCAGAAAAACAGUUUUAAUGAAUUUUUUUAAUCAUCCUUAGGCUAUACUUACUAUGUUCAUUGAUUUUAUUUUAUUGUGCUGCUACUUUGGCGUAAUACUGGCAGGUCCAAGUUCCUCUGUGAAAGAGCCGUAAAAGUGGUGAUAUGUUCGUGUUAUGUUUUGCGCGGCAGGAUAAAGAGUUGCAGUUUACACCACAUCCCACUUCCUGUACAAAAAGUGCAAGAUGGAUAAAAAGUUCUAAGUCAUGAUAGAAUUUUAGCAUGAAGUAGACAAAGGGUGUAAUCUACAGAAAGACAGCUAAUUCCCUACCCAUAGGGGUCUACCAGCAGUAGGAAUGGUGAGGCUGUAGUGUAUAUGGUUUUGUCAUUUUUAUGUCAGCAAAAACAUUUGAGUCUGGUCUGCACUACCAGUGGUGAAUCACAAGGCCCAGAUUUGCCACUGUAGCUGAAGUUAAAGUAUAUAGAAGCGUAUGAAAACUUGUGUAUAAAUUAAUGAACCCCCCACUUUAAUAUGUGAGUGUGAAAUGGCCUCACAGGUUGUAACCCAAAUCAGAAAUUAAGAGGACUUCCUUAAAACACAUCUUACUAUAUUUGAUAAAAUCA